AUGUCAGGCUGCUGGUUCCUCCAUCAGAGCUGUAGAAGAUGGACACUUGAGACAGACAACCAGCAUCCAUCCUUUAAGGACAGGGUGGAGCUGGUGGACAGGAGACCUGAAGGACGGAGACGUGUCUUUAACUCUGAAGAAUGUGAGCAGACACGACGGGAACAUAAUGAGGUCGAAGUUAAAACCGAUGAUUCAACACUUACAAAGAGAGACUCCAACUCUGAGCCAAUCAGAAUCAUCCAUCUGCAGAUUACAGAGCCAGCAGACUUACCUGUGGUAACAGUGCACCCUGGAGAUAAUGUCAUUCUGCCAUGUUGGGCUGCUGAUUCCUUCAUCAUAGCUGCAGAAUGGAGCAGACCUGACCUGGAGCAAGAGUAUGUCCUUUUCUACAGAGAUGGACACCUGGAUCCAACCUAUCAGCAUCCAUCCUUUAAGGACAGGGUGGAGCUGGUGGACAGACAUCUGAAGGACGGAGACGUGUCUUUAAUUCUGAAGAAUGUGAGCAGCAUCGACACUGGAACAUACGAGUGUCGAGUUGAACCGGGUGGUUCCAGACGUAGAAAGAGAGCCAUCAUCGACUCCGAGCCAAUCAGAAUCGUCCGUCUGCAGGUUACAGAGCCAGGUUCCGAUGAUAGAAACCUCUCUCCUCUAGGACUAUACAAUGGACUGGCAGCAGGUGUUCUGGUUCUUGUAGCUGCUGCAGUGGGUGGUGUCCUGAUGUUUAAAAGAUGUAAGAAGAGACCAGGAGAACCUGCUGCUGAUGAAGGAUCUGGCGAUCUGACAACUCAUAGAGAGUUUUACACAGGCCAGCUGACAGUCUUGCCUGGGCCCGGGACGAGAUCUUUAGAUGGGCCCCCCCCCCCCUCCCCCUCGCGGCCAGAUCUCUCAGUUCUGGGUCCCCCCCCCUACUGUGACUGA